AGUCUGUACCUGACCACGAGAGGGUCUGGAUGUUGUUUUGCGUCGGAACCGCAACAAACCCUCCGUAUUUUAUAAUGUUCGUAGCAUUUUUAAUAUGAAAUAUUUAUGUAAACUAGGUCAGGACGUCUAAACUUUCUCACUUUAAUUCAACGUAGUUUGCGGAACCGGCAACUAACUUAGCCUGUGAUUGUUUUUCUGAACUGUCAGUGCGCGUGUUGUGCUUUAUCGAUAACAUAACCUGUACUACUUCAAGGGCACAGGAGACCGACAUCGUAGUGCUUUGCUUUGGAUGCGGUGUUGUGGCGCAAUACGAGUCGCCUGCUGUUUGCAACUGCCGAUUAACCAAGAUCACAUUUGUGGCGCUAAGGAUCAUUUGCAUUGUUCGAAACGCCUGAUGGUAUCUGGGAUGACCAAAAUUAAAAACCAACAGUACAGACCACCGGACAGCACGUCCAGGGCGUGGGCGUGAGAUGGCACAAGCGGGCAUGUUGCACAGGGGAGGAAAAAAUAGUGCCGAUGGGUGCGACGAUGUGCAGCGUUCGCUGGAGCUGCUGGACCAGGUGCUGAGCGAGUACGACGAGGGUGAGCCGCGCUCGUUGGAAGCAGCCCGCGUGCCGGCUACGCCGGCGACGCCUGCCACGCCCGCCACGCCGGCCACGCCUGCCACUGACGACGAUUCACCGCUCGCCGGACACACCUCAGAAGACGAUGGAUACAUGAGCAUGAACGGAAGAAGAGCGAAAUUUGCGCUAGGUUUCCGCCCGACGGAGGAACAUGAAGAACCUUCGCCCCCGGAACCAACUUCGCCUCAUUCGCCGCCGCCGCCUGAAGAGGCACAGCGAAUUAUUUCUACAUUAUUACCGAAAGUUUCGCCAGCAAAUUCUGGAAAGCGCACCAUUUCUGUUGAACAAACCGAAGCCACUGAAAAGCUGGAUUCUAUUAUUAGUGUUAAUGGAAUUACAACUGCUACUCAGACCACAUUCCCAAAAACCAAACACCAGCGACCUUACGGCUGGGAGAAAGAUAAUAUUGAAACGAACGGCUUUCAACUACAACCAGCCCCGGUGCCUCCGUAUAGAUUUGCUUCACUACAACAUGGUGUGCGACCACCACAUGCUGACACAACGUCAGCAUGGCUACCACCACGACAAGUGGCUCCACUUGUCACUCAAAUAAAAUCACCUAGCUUUGAGAACCCCCCAGUAUUCCCGUUCAUGGGUUUUUCAAGCGAUUUUAACGACAAGCCGUACAAUGAACAUCCCGUUACAAUUUAUCCGGGACCAAACAUUCAGUUUAACAGACAGUCACAUUCACCAACAUACAAUGUGCAAAAAAUUUCACCUUCGAAUAAUAAAAAUUUAGAGAGAAAGGGCUACGUAAAACGUGAUAGCAGAUCCGAUGGUGAAAUGUUGUCACCCAAGGGUAAAAUACCUCCGCGGACUCUCGCCAGUUCUAUGGAGAGGCAUAGAGAAGUGUGUAGAGGUUCUUCGGAGGACGUAACGGACGGGCAGAAAACGAGAGUUUCGAGCAGGAGCAAUGAUGAUGAUCAUUUCUCAGAUGAUUCUUUAGAAGAGUCGUUCCCACCGCCGCCGCCCGCUGCCACCACGCCUUCGAAACGCAAUUCUAUAGCAUGGGAAGUGUCCCUCGAUGGUGAUGAUCCUCUACUUACUCCCGGAAGCACAAAGGUUAUAGGUCGAAGAAGAAGAAAAUCAGGCGAUCAGUCACAUUCAAGUACAAACUCUAUACCGCAACGACUAGAUGACGAUUGGGGCGAAGAAUACUGGCCUCCACCACCACCGAUAGCACAAUGCGAUCCUUUAGCGUCACCAACAUCUGACGUAGAGCAUGACAAUAGACGUGAUCUUUCAUGUGGCACUUACGUUAUUCGGAAAGGCAAAAACAGAAAACAUUUACCGAAUUUCAACAAAACCAAUGGUAAUAAAACGUCAAACGCGAACAACCUAAUUCAAACCCACAGCUUGAACAGAAGCACGGACAAAUCAAUAGAUGGAUCAAGUGUAUCAAUAAGUGGUUCUGGAUCUGUCAGUUCAUACAACUCUAGACCUAGCUCAGACUUGAGUUUGCCACAAUCAAGAUACAGUGUUGACCUUAACUCACGCAUAAGUCGCGAACUCAAUACUCCUAACUCGAGGUACAGCAUAGAUCUUUGCACGCCUAAUUCUAGAAUUAGCAAAGAAAUUAAUUCACCAAAAUCCAGGCUUAGUUUAGAUCUCAAUAACGGUCAAGAUAGAUAUAUUAACCCAGAAUAUUUUGGUCACAGUCC